AUGUUGCGUUAUCCAAAGCGAAGCAUCCUGGUCAUCUAUUCUUACCAACAUUACUGCUGGUUUUUGGUAGCUCUCCACCAAGCUAUCCAGACAUUGAGCAGUGGAGAAGGAGUUAAAAUCAUCCUGCUUCAACUUUCUGAUCAGGUGCACUUCCUCCUGGCCGGUAUGCAUCACAUCUACCUCGAUGGAUACAGCUUCAGUGUGUUCUUCAAAGACCUCGAGUCUGCCCACAUCGACCACCGACUUCCACCCCUUCCAGUGGAAUCACAAUAUCGCUCUUUUGCACUCCAACAGCGAAAGAUGUAUGAGGAUGGUGAUGUUCUCAAGUCCAUUGAGUACUACCGUCGAACCUUUCCUAAGGAGUUUACACCGAUUGAACUUCUACCCUUCGCAACUACAGCUUCACGACAAGUUGCCAACGAAUACUCGCAGCAUGAAGCCAAGCUGAACAUUCCACCUGACAUUUCAGCCAAGGUCCGACGGGUUGCCCGCGCAAAUCGGUCUACUUCGUUCCAUGUUUACUUGGCUGCUUUGAAGAUUCUUCUAUUCUCCCUGCUUCCCGAUACCGACGAGGUAUUUAUCGGAAUUGCUGAUGCGAAUCGCGGCGACAAGAAUUUCAUGGGCAGUCUUGGCUUCUUCUUGAAUCUUCUUCCACUUCGCUUCCGACGGGGCAAGCCAGGCUCACGAGUAAGCUCGACCAUCCAAACUACCCGGGAUGCAGUAUAUGGCGCGUUACAGCAUUCCCAACUUCCCUUCGACGUGCUUCUGCGAGAGUUGAAUGUUCCAAGAUCCGACAAGUACACUCCAAUCUUCCAUGUCUUCAUGGACUACAGACAAGUCGUCCAAGAGAGGUCCUCCUGGGGUGGCUGUAAGCUUGGGGGUGAGAAGUGGUGUAAUGCUGGCACUGGGUAUGACGUUGCCUUGGAGGUAACGGAGAAUAUUAACACCGAUACGCUUCUAAGCUUGAGACUGCAAAGGCAGCUUUAUUCUGAAGAUCAUACCCAUGUUCUACUUCGUUCUUACCUGGGCGUGCUUGAGUAUAUGGUUCGGGGAAGCGACAAGGCUGUUGAUGUAGCUCCUACUUGGUCCAGCUAUGAUCUUCAGGCUUCUAUUGAUGCUGGCAAGGCGCCGGAAUUUGAGCCUAAGUGGCAGUCAACCAUCAGCCAUCAGAUCGACCAGGUGAUCCAGAACAACACUGAAAAGUCUGCUCUGAAAGAUGGUAACGGGAAUGUGCUGACUUACGAACAAAUGGGCACCCGAAUCAACACUAUCUCCAAGGCACUGAUAGACGCUGGAACAGUUCAGGGCACGGUUGUUGGUGUAUUCCAGGAGCCUUCUGCUGACUGGAUCUGCUCUUUGCUUGCAAUCUUCAAAGCUGGAGCCGUCUAUGUUCCUCUCGAUCUACGCAAUUCCAUUCCUCGCUUGGUCAGUAUUGUCAAGGCGUCUCGUCCUUCCGUCAUUAUCACGGAUGGUACUACGGAUGACAAGGUAGAACUCAUCGGUGCCAAGUUCGUCACCAAACUCCAGCUCGCUAGUCUUGAUGAGUCGACCCGUCGAGACUCUACUAGUAUCAACCAUGCCAAGGUCGGAUCUCUCGCUGUCAUCCUCUUCACUAGCGGCUCUACCGGCGAACCCAAAGGUCUCAUGAUGACGCACACAAAUCUCGCGUCGUACGCCGAAGUGUCAAGCAAGACUUUUGCAAGGGCAGAUGAAGACCUUGUGGUGCUUCAGCAGAGUCCAUUCAGUUUCGACUUCUCGCUCGAUCAAACCAUGGCCGCUCUGACCAACGGUGGAUGCCUGUACGUUGUACCUACCAGCAAGAGAGGCGAUCCAGACGAAAUCAGUAAAAUCAUGGUUGAGGACACCGAAACCAUACGUCAAUGCACCUCAUGGAAAUACGCAUUCUCUGGCGGUGAGGCGAUGAGCUACAAACUCGCCCGCGAGUUUGGCAGUCUGAAGUUGACUAAUCUUCACGUCUUCAACGGAUAUGGACCAGCCGAGACUACGAUUCUCUCUCACAGAAUCGACCUCAAGUAUGCGGAUCCUGAUCUUCCCGACCCUUUACCUGCAGGAUAUCCAUGGCCCGGCUUUUCCGUCUGCAUUGUGGAUGACAAGAUGCGGCCACUACCUCUUGGUGUCCAGGGCGAGAUUGUUCUUGGUGGCCCGUGUACCGUAGUGGCGAUCGGGGCCGGCUAUCCCCUGACGGCUCAUGUCGUUUUUGCCCCAGAGCUCCCAGAACAGGAUCGAGAAGGCGUCAUGAAAGCACUCAGACAAACGCUCCCACUUCCGCCUUACAUGCGUCCAUCUCUAUUCCAGAUACUACCAGACAUACCAAGAACUGCCCAUCUCAAGAUCGACAGAAAGGCAAUCCAAGAUAUUCCCGUGCAGAUAGCCCAGUCAGAAAUCUCUCAGAGUCUAACUGACUCCGAACAAAGGUUGAGCGAGCUCUGGCGCCGCGUCCUGCCCCUCGACCCUGGUUCUCUCACUCACGAAUCGGACUUUUUCCUCAUCGGAGGCAAUUCAAUUCUUCUAGUGAAGCUCCAAGCCUUGCUAAGACAUUUAUCAUGGACAGCACCCAAGCUCGUGACACUGAUGGGAUCAAGCACUCUUGGCGCCAUGGCAAGUGUUCUUGAGGACUGCGGCCCUGUCAAUAUCAUCAACUGGGACGUAGAGACGAAUUUCCCCCAUAAUCUUCAGCUCGCAACACCACUCCGUGUCGCUGGCAAAACUACUGAUAUCAAUGUUCUGCUAACUGGUGCGUCGGGCUAUCUUGGACGCCACCUUCUCUCCAGCUUGAUCAAGGAUCAUCGUGUGGCGCGAGUCCAUUGCCUGUGCCGCACUUUGAACAAUGACAAGAUGGUGGAUGAUCCUGAUAGCAAAGUCAAGAUCACCCAAAGUGAUCUUACGGAGCACAACUUGGGUAUAUCUAAGUCGAAAUUUUCUCAGCUGGCGACAGAAGUAGAUGUUAUCAUUCACUGUGCUGCCAACAGAUCCUUCUGGGACAGAUACGAAGCUUUGAAGGCCGACAAUCUGGACUCAACAAAGGAGCUCGUCAAAUUCGUUGUUUCUUCGGGCCGAGCCAUUCCUUUACACUUCAUGUCAUCCGGCGCUGUCGUCAAGUACAGCAACGGACUAACACCUCCGGCGGAUGGUGGUGACGGCUAUGUGGCUACCAAAUGGGCGUCAGAGGCUUUCCUGAAACAAGCUGUUAACUCAAUCGGUCUACCUGUUUUCAGCCACCGUCCUGUGGAAUGCGAAUCAGUGCAUCAAUCAGAAGAGGAAGACAUGUCCAUUGUCAACGAACUUAUGCAAAUCGUCAAAUUGCUCGAAUGUCGACCAUCUUUCGACGGAGUGGGCGGCUUUGUAGAUGUCAUGCCCGUCAGCGAGGUCGUUGAAGCUAUUCACGAGGCUGCUCUCAAUUCUCAAGCUGGAGAAGGACUUUGCAUUUUGGAACACAAAGCACAUCAGCGAGCUUAUGUGGAAUCGUUCGCUACAGUGGUCGAGUCUGAUGAUAGCUUGAGCAAACUCCCCAGUAUCCCCAUCUUAGAAUGGUUUGGAAGGGCGAAGAAGGCAGGUUUUUCUUAUUUCUUGGCAUCGCAAGAUCUCGUUCUUGGAUCACAGCUAUUUUCAAGGCGUUGA